AUGACGGAUUUACAAAAUUCUAAUAAUCAAAUUGAUCCUAAGAUAAAUAUAUAUUUUCAAAACAAACGUAUUCGUCGACAUUUAAUAAAAGCUGGAUUAAUUAAUCGUGAAGGUGAAAUUUUACCUCCAACAACCACUGAAGUUGUACUUAAUCAACGAUCAAGACGACAACGACGACCAAUAUCAGCAGAUAAAUUAUCAAGAACUGUUCAUCAUUAUAUAUUAGAAGAAGAACAAAAACGUCGAACACAUAUUCGUAAUCGAUUUGAUUUUUCAGUUAAACGUGUUCAUGUAGAUAAAAAAACAGAAUCAAAACAUACUCGUCGAGGUAUAUCUCAUAGUUCAUUAAAUGUUCGUCAUUCACCAACAUUAAAAAAUCAUUCGCCAGUACGUCCAAAAUCUGCACAUCAUUCAUUACAUGACUCGAGAAAACGUUUCGCUCGUUAUUCAGCAAAGGUCAAGUCACGAAGUAAAGAACGUCGUCGAGUAAUAAUGAUCUAUUAUGGACCAAAGAAAUAUGCUGAUUAUGAUAUAACAUGGUUUCGACCUGAUGGUGAUGAAAUUGUUGUUUCACAACAACAUUGUGGUGGAGAAAAUCUUAUUGUUUUUAAAGGUUAUGUUAAACCUUAUGAAACAUUUGAAUUCGAAUCUCGACGUCAUUCAGAUUAUCCAUUUGCAUUAGCUCUUUAUAUAAAUGGUCUUAUUGAUAGUCGAAUAUCAGCAUGUUGUGAACAUAGACAUAAACGUAAUGUACCAUUAGGUGGUAAACAUGGUUUAUUUGGUAUUGUUGAUGUUAAAAAUAUAAAACCAUGUCGAUGUUGUCGAUAUAAACGAUUUGAAAAAAAAACACGAUCAACUGUUUCACUUACACUUGAACCAUCUCGUUAUCGACGUUCAUUUGCACCUCGUUUUUUAUUAAGAAGUCGAUCUAAUUCUUCUAAUACUCGAAAAAAUUCAACUCCACCUAAUGUUAUAAUAACACCCAAAAAUCAUUCUCCAGAUAUACCUCGAACGCCAACUCCACCUCCUACAGAAGAUAACAAAAAACCACGUAUAUAUUCCGCUAAUCGUAAUCCACCUGUAGUUCCAAAUAAUCAAAAUUUAAACACUGAAAAUAUAACAACAUCGCAAAAGAAUGAUGAUGAAAAUUAUUCAUCGGAUUUUGAUGAAACGAAUGACAAUGAUGCUCGACCAUCGACUUCUCGAUUUGGUCGACCGCAUAUAUCUGAAUCACAUUCAACCGAUAAAAAUGAAAGUGAUAGUAAUAAUUCAUCUAGAACUUCGUCUAUUAUUUUAAAAAAACCUGAUCCAUCUAAAGAUAAUUAUGAUCGAUCAAAACUAUUACUUGAACAAAAUAAUGCGGCUGUUCAUUCACGAAAAUCUUCAUCUAGUAUUUCGAAAAAAUCUGAUCUUUCUUCAGAAGAUGAAAAUAAUCAUUAUAAACCUACAAUAUUAACAAAAAAAAAUACUAAUGCUAAUAAUUUAUCAAGUUCGUUGAAUAGUUCUUCAAGAAAAUCUAAUUCUUCUAAAGAUGAAGAUAAUUAUGAUUUAUUAAAUGGAAAAAAUAAUACUACUGAUCAUUUACGAAAAUUUCCAUCUAAUACUUCAAAAAAAUCUGAAUUUUUUGAAGAUGAUAGUGAAAAUUAUAAAUCUACAAUAUUAACAAAAAAAAAUAAUGAUGCUGAUAAUUCAUCAAAUUCUUUACAUGGAUUUUUUAAGAAAUCUGAUCCUUCUAAACAUGAAAAUAAUCCUAUUGGUCAUUCACGAAAAUCUUCAUCUACUAGUUCAACUAAAUCUGAUCUUUUUGAUAACGAUAAUGAUCAUUACAAAUCUACAACAUUAACACAAAAAAAUAAUAAUAUUGAUAAUUUACAAGAUUCUUCGUCAAGUACAUUGAAGAAAUCUGAUGCAUCUAAAGAUGAAUAUAACUAUGAUCUACUUGAUAGAUUAAUGAAAACAAGCAAUGAUGCAGAUGAUGUACGAAAAUCUGAUCUUUCCGAAGAUGAAGAUAAUCAUUAUAAAUCUACAACACUAACAAAAAAGAACAAUGAUACUGAUAGUUCAUCAAAUUCAUCGCAAAGUACAAUAAAAAAAUCUGGUCCUACUAAAAAUGAAGAUAACUAUAAUCUAUUUGAUUCAUCAAAUGAAAAAAAUAAUUCUCCAAGUCAUUCACAAAAAUCUUCAGUUAAUAUUUCGAAAAAAUCUAAUCUUUUCGAAGACGAUAAUAAUCAUUAUGGAUCUACAAUACCAACAAAAGAACACAAUGAUAUUGAUGAUUCAUCAAGAUCUUCAUCUAGUACAUCAAGAAAAUCUAAUUCUUUACCAAAAGAUGAAUAUGAACAAGAAUUUAAUAAGAAUAAUACUAAUAAUAAUCAAUUUUCAUUACCUACUACACUUAAUAAUAAUAUUGGAGUUCGACGAUUAUCAUCAAGUUCACAAGAUGAUAAAUUUAAAGCAUUAUUUGCAAAAAAACCUCAAGAUACUGAUUAUUCAUCAAAUUUUCGUCGUGUUUCAACAAGUUCAACAGAAGAUAUAUUUGGAACAAAAAAUUUUUCAUCUUCAAAAAAAAAUAAAGAUAUUCCUAUAUUAUCAAAAGAAUGGUUUGAGACAAACAAUAAAACUGAUCAAGAUGAUAAUGAUGGAUUUAAUUUUAAUGGAAAGUCUAAAACAAAACCAUGGAGAAGAAACAGUAAUUCUGAUGAAGAUAGUACGUAUACUAAUUUCAUUAUCUACAAAGAAAUUUACAAAUCAAAUUCCUUUGUUAGAAAGUCUAGUCUUUAA